ACAGAUUAAUACAUUUAGUUCUGUAGUAUUAACUCCAUGGAGGUACUCGAGACAAUUGUGAUACAAAAUACUGAAGUUGAAGGAAAGGAAACUGUCGUGUGUAGCGUGGACAUCGAUAAAGCCAAAGCUGAAUUUAUAUGGACCCUGCAGGCUACAUGGCACCUUGUCAACACCAGACUUGAAAUGGACCAGGCUUUUGAUCAGCCAGUGUGCAAGAAAAAGAAACUUUGGGAGAUGGUGGCAGAGAAAGUGAACGUCAAACUGCGGGAGUCAGAAGUAACGAAUGUCACAGUGAAGGCCUAUGAGUGUGACCUCAAGUGGAGAAACUUGCUGGCAACUUACAGGAAGAAUGCUGAGAGGGCAAAAAGGCUGGGGGUGAACAGCGUCCACUGGGAGUUUUUCAAGGCCAUGCACGAGGUCCUGGGUAAGAGCAGGGAGGAGGUCGAAGCCCAGCGAAGGGCAAAGCUCAGUGGGACCAGAGUGGGCAAUGCCAUGGCCAGCAAGAGGUUUACCCCAAUCCUCCCUACACCUCCUGCUACAUCAGCUGCUCCCUGCUCGGCCCGGCCGCCACAAGACGUCCUGCAGCUUUAUAUGGAGCUGCAAGAGAGGAAGAUGAACAUGUGGGCUCAGCAGAAAGCCCUGGAGGAGAGGAAGAUAGAGGCUAUUAACAACCUGGCCCAGGCUAUCUCCAGCCUGGCUGAGAAGAACAGCAUGCAGAUGUCAAAGGAUGGACAUUAAACCCCAAAAGUUGUUGCUCUUAUCAAAAAAGAGGUUUGACAAUGCACCAAGAAAACAGCAAAGUCAAAUUAGGGCCAUUUUUAUGAUUCACAAUAGAUAAUAAUUACAGAGCUGGGGGAGAAUAGCAACAUUUAUUUGUGAAAGUUUGUGCUUUUCAGCUCGUAAAUGUAACUUUUAUCUCAUAGAAUAAUCGUUUUGGCAAAAUGUUACAGUUUGAAGAAUGUGUAUAUUUUUUCAAAUAUUAUUUGGGCUGUUUUCGCCUUUAAUCGAUAGCCGACGCCAAGGACGGAAAGGAAAGUUGGAGAAGGAUUUUAUUUUUAUUUUACCUUACCUUUAUUUAACCAGGAUAGGUUGAGAUGACAUGCAGCAGUCUGCCUAGAACCCCACCCUUUGCACUAAGCCUUAGCCUCUGUACAUGGGGCACCAGCUUUAAAAGGUAAGCUCCCCGGCAAGUCCCAUAAUUUUAGGAAUAGGUUUGGCCACUCUGACUUCUGCACAUUUCAACCUGACACCAGAAGAUGAGACAUGAGACACAGACCCGCGAAAUAUACCCUGGACAGCUCUUGAUUCUACUGCAAGCAGAGCACAAGCCGCCUCAAAGUUGUCCUAUUAGAUGUUAUUUCUACUUAUUUUGUUCCUAAAAGAUAAGAGUGAGUUAUUGUACCAUCAUCACUAUUCCAGUUAUUGAUUAAUGUCAACAACCUAUGCAAGAGUAGAACAUUUUUAGUCUGCUUUAAUACAGGUCCUACAUGGUGCUAUGAACAAACUGAAGUGGAAAUAAUCACAGCAGGAUUAUGAUUAUUGUUCAAGGGAAGUCAAAAUAAGACCUCUUCAUACUCACAUUUUACUCUGGAACAAUAGUUAGUUAAACUGAUAAUCUUUCCUAGAGGUAACGAUAACAACUAUAGUAUUCAUAGACAUGCUUGUACUGUCAUUGUAUUUAUAGGAUACACUUUAACAGCCAGUGUGAACACAUUAAGAAUGUAGAGUAUUCUAAUAAA